AUGGCUUGCAGUUGCUGUGAAAGUGCUGUGGUAAACGCCAUGGAUAUAACAAAGUCAGUUUGUGUGACAUUCAAAAUCGAUCUUAUUGGACUCUCUGUGGAUGUCACCAUCAGUUUGGACGGCGAUGCAGUGAGUCAAUUUACACUCGACACCAAAUCGCCACCCAGCUUAUGCCUGCCAGUGAUAUCGGACUUAACAUCACUGACUGUGUGCCUCAAGAUGACCAUGAAUUUGGCCAGUGCAACGAGCCUUAGCAUUUGCCCAAAUUUCUAUAGCAACUACGAUGCCAAUCAAAUCCUUGCUUAUAAUUUUCCCUGCAUAAAUGUUGGUAUGGAUGGUAUCAUUCCAAAUCCAACAUUAGCUCCAUCGCUUAAUGCUCAAAUGCUGCCCAACGAUGUCGUCGUCGACUCUGGCGACAUCGUUGAUGGCGGCGGUGGCGGCGGCGGCACAUCGCUCACAAUCGCCUUGCACAUGACCAUCCUGACUCCGGCGAGGAAGUCGGUUAGGUAA